AUGGAUCCUGGGAACAGAGGAAGAAUUCACUCCGUGAGACUUAUCUGCUCUCUGUUAAUCAUGGGAGUGUUUUGUGUGACUCCUUUCUUCUGCCACAGCCAAAAUGAUCCACUGGCCCUUGGCCGAGCUGAUCCCCAGUGCUGGGAGUUCUCCACAGCUGCCUUGCUGGAGAUGAGGAAGCCACGUAUUUCUGACUCAGUCAGUGGCUUUUGGGACUUUAUGAUCUUCCUGAAGUCAUCAGAGAACUUGAAGCAUGGGGCUCUGUUCUGGGACCUGGCUCAGCUCUUCUGGGAUAUCUAUGUAGACUGUGUGCUCUCCAGAACCCAUGGCCUAGGGAGGAGGCAACUGGCGGAGGCUGAACAGAAAAUCACAGCUCUGCAUUCUCAGCUCACAGAGCAAAAGCAAGGGACAUUUUCUCACAAUCAGAGGACACGAGUGCUGAACAAGAAAGAGCUGAUUGAAGACUUAAGCAUCCAUGUGCACAAGAGUGGAUCUGCAUUACUCCGAAGAGUUAUUGGAGGGCUAGGGAUAAAGAGGAAACAAUGA